AUGUUCGGGAUUAGGACUCCACAUAAGAAAGGAAAGGCAGAAGAGAAAGACAAAACUCCCCCAAAUAGAGAGGAGAUGGCUGGACCAUCUUCAAAAGAAGAUCAAGUAAGGAGUAAAGUGAGGAGAAGUAUCGGAGAGUGGGAAAAUGAAGGAAGGGAGUCAAAUCCCGAACCACAGGGCAGGACAUCUAAAUACGCCCCGGCAGGACGCACGAAGCAGCUAGGGCCACCCCCCUCUAGUAGAUUUUCACUGGAGGAAGAGGGGAGCCAAAUGGAAAAGGAAGAGCCGAAGAAAAAAGACAGGGUAGCUGAAGCAAGAGCUUGCCUAAACAAGGCAAAGCUUUACUUAAAUAGCGCCAGAAACUUAAAAAACGGAAUGAG